UAAAGAACACGAAAUAAAAUAAACAAACUUGAGGUGGGUUAGUUCGUAUAUAUUACAAUCUCCACUUUUGAUUUUCCGGUAAUGGGAGAUGAAGACUGGAUUAUAGUGCGGAAACCCACGGUUGCAGCCCUCUGGAACUCAUGCUUCAUGGACUCCCAGUGUUCAAUUUCAAGGCCACUCAAAGUCAUCUUCAACGAACCCGCCAACUACUGGACCGACGCCCUUCCCGUUGGAAACGGUCGUCUCGGUGCCAUGAUUUGGGGUGGCGUCGCUUCCGAACUUAUCCAGCUCAACGAGGACACACUUUGGACUGGGGUUCCUGGAGACUAUACAAACCCCAAUGCCCCAAAUGCACUGUCAGAGGUUAGAAAACUCGUUGACAGUGGUAAAUAUGCUGAAGCUACUGCAGCAGCAGCCGAGCUGGUAGGAAAUCCUGCAGAUGUUUAUCAACUACUUGGUGAUAUCAAGCUGGAAUUUGAUGAUUCUCAUCUGAAUUAUACUAAAGAAACGUAUCAAAGAGAGCUGGACUUGGAUAAUGCAACUGUGCGAAUAAAAUAUAAUGUGGAUGGUAUAGAAUUUACAAGAGAUCAUUUCGCCUCUAAUCCCGACCAAGUUGUAGUAACAAAGAUUUCUGGAAGCAAACCAGGGUCUCUAUCCUUCAAUGUAUAUCUGGACAGCAAGUUGGAUCACCAUUGUAAAAUGAACGGCAAAAGUCAGAUUAUAAUGGAAGGACAUUGCCCUGAAAAGCGAAUCCCAGCACAAGUGUACGCAGAUGACAAUCCAAAGGGUAUCCAGUUUUCUGCUAUUCUUGAUUUACAGAUAAGUGAGGCAAAUGGCAUGAUACAUAUUCUAAAUGACAGCAAGUUGAGGGUUGAAGGUUCAGAUUGGGCAAUUUUGCUUUUGGUGGCAUCAUCUUCAUUUGAUGGACCAUUCACCAAGCCUUCAGAUUCGAAGAAGGAUCCUACUUCAGAUUCUCUUAGUGUUUUGAAGUCCAUUAGAAGUCUAUCAUAUGUUGAUCUUUAUGCUCAUCAUUUGGAUGACUAUCAAAAUCUGUUCCACCGUGUCGCACUGCAGCUUUCAAAAAGCUCAAGAUCUAUUUCGUGUCCCAAGCAAAAUCAAGAUAGUAGUGUUUCAACAGCUGAGAGAAUAAAAUCUUUUCAAAUUGAUGAGGAUCCAUAUCUCGUCGAGCUGCUGUUCCAGUUUGGUCGAUAUUUGCUUAUUUCUUCUUCACGACCUGGAACUCAGGUGGCAAACUUGCAAGGAAUAUGGAACAAAGAUCUUCAGCCAAAAUGGGAUUCUGCUCCUCACUUGAACAUCAAUCUUGAAAUGAAUUAUUGGCCUUCCUUGCCGUGCAACCUUAGCGAAUGCCAGGAGCCUUUAUUUGAUUUCCUCAGUUUCCUAUCAGUCAAUGGUCAUAAAACUGCAAAAGUCAACUAUGAAGCAAGUGGUUGGGUUGUACAUCAUAAAUCUGAUAUAUGGGCGAAAUCAUCCGCAGAUGCUGGUAAUGUUGACUGGGCAUUAUGGCCCAUGGGUGGAGCCUGGCUGUGUGUCCAUCUGUGGGAACACUACAUAUAUACAAUGGACAUUGAUUUUCUUAAAGACAAGGCAUAUCCUUUGCUAGAAGGAUGUGGGGUUUUCCUGUUAGAUUGGUUGAUCGAAGGGCAAGGGGGUUAUCUUGAAACUAACCCGUCAACAUCUCCUGAACAUGACUUUAUCGCUCCAGACGGUAACCAUGCUAGUGUGAGCUAUUCUUCAACCAUGGACAUGGCAAUCAUAAAAGAAGUAUUCUCUGUGAUUCUUUUAGCUGCUGAGGUUUUAGAUAAAAAUGAUGAUGCUCUGGUAAAAAGAGUGUAUACAGCUCAGUCAAGGCUUUAUCCGACCAAAGUUGCUCAAGAUGGUUCCAUCAUGGAAUGGGCACAAGAUUUUCAGGACCCAGAUGUACAUCACCGACAUCUUUCGCACUUAUUUGGACUUUUUCCUGGACACACACUGACGAUUGAAAGUACACCAGACCUUUGCAAAGCUGCGGUAAAUACACUUCAUAAACGAGGAGAGGAAGGACCAGGAUGGUCAACCAUGUGGAAAGCAGCUUUGUGGGCACGGCUCGGUAACAGCGAACACUCGUAUCGAAUGGUCAAACAUUUAAUCAACUUUGUGGAUCCAGAACAUGAGGAAGCUUUCAAAGGUGGAAUAUACAGUAAUUUAUUUGCAGCACACCCUCCUUUUCAGAUAGAUGCCAACUUUGGUUUUACAGCUGCAGUUGCAGAAAUGCUAGUUCAAAGUACCAUGGAAGACCUGUACUUGCUUCCUGCACUUCCCCGGGAGAAAUGGGGAAAUGGGUGUGUGUUCGGAUUGAUGGCAGCUGGGGGAGUGAGGGUUAACAUUCGCUGGGAAGAAGGAAAUCUCCACCAAGUAAGACUUUGGUUGAAAAGCCAGAAUUCUUUGAAAAGAUUCAGAUUACACUAUAGAGAAACCAUGGUACCUGCAAACUUAUCAUGUGGAAGAAUGUACACGUACAAUGGACAGUUAGACUGCGUCAAUACUUGCUCCUUCCUAUAUGAUUAAAAAGAUUGAAUGCCGAUCCUUUUGGUGUUUAUAUUCAAUAAAUUUGAGCAGCUUCGGUUCCUCCCUUCUGUUCACGUGUUGUACUAUUAUCUUACAGA